AUGGCCAACACCGCUACGAAUCUCAACGACACCAGCAUGUCCCCCCAGGGUGUCCAAGGCGCCUACCCUGGUGUCCAGAACGUCAUUGAGCCUUCUGAGCCCGCCGAGACCUACGUCAAGUCCACUGGCCCGCCGCGAGAUGUGAUUGAGGGAAAGGAAGGUGUCAUCGAAGGGAGUGAAUUAGCACCUCUGGGCGAAGACAAGAUUGCUAGUGACCCUGGACUGGUCACCGCAGCGACCGCUAUGGCCAAGAAAGCCUAUACCGCCGUCGCAGGGGAGCAAUGA